AUGAAAAUACUUUGUACUCAUGUAUAAAAUUCCAAAAAUAAAAUAAUUUAAAGAAAUUUUUAAAGCUCUGUUACCUGAUCAAAAGUAGCUGUCUGCAGAUAAAAUGACCUUUCUAAGGAGAGGAAAUGUCCCUCAGCCCACGUUCUCUAAACUAACAGAAAUCCUAAAUUGCUAAAUCCAUCCACCCAUGUGAGCUGGUGUUCACUAUAGAUGGGUAGAGGUGGAGAGGAACAGUGCACAUUGCCAUGUGUUGACUAUUUGCACACUCAGAAUUCAUUCACAAGUAGGAGGAUUAGCACCUAAUGUACUGGAGUAUGAAGGUGAGUUUUUCUCUAUUUCCUUAAUUACUUCCUAGGCAUACCAUUUGCCUCCCAAGUGGGACUCUCUGAAACUGUCAAUGAAUGCCUUGUAAGUUUCUGCUUUUAUCCUUACAGAAAAAUCUAUUGUAAAGUCAGUCAGUGAACAGUUGUUCAUCCUUUUCCUCGAUAUCAGGACCCACACCCUCCAUUCCCUUUCUCCUCACCGUCUGCCUUUUCUUUUAUAGGAUCCGUGACAGUUCAUAAUCCAGUAUUUGUGUCUAUGCAUAACUGUGUAACUUGGCUGUUUCUUGUUAAGACUGGAAGCUCUCUGAGGGCAAGGAGGAAACAGGAAUUGUUUGAUCCCUGUGAUAUCCUAAAAUCAGCCUAAGUCCUAGCCAGAAAUAGAUGCUCAAAUGCUUGUUGAAUAUAAUACGUGAAAGCAAAAACAGAAUGUCCAGACAAAGUGCUUCCCUGGUUCUUUGCAUUCUUAUUCCACCAAUUUAACCAUCCAGUCACUUUUCUGGCUCUUCCAGGCGGCACAAGAUAUACAAAGAGCAAUUCAACCUCACUUCCUUGGAUCCCCCGCUGCAGCUCCGGCCAGAGGCCAGCUGGGUGCAGUUCCACUUGGGGAUCAACAGCCACGGCCUAUACUCUAGGUCCAGCCCUGUCGUCAGCAAGCUCCUCCAUGACAUGAGACACUUCCCUACCAUCAGCGCUGAUUACAGCCAGGACGAAAAGGCCUUGCUGGGGGCCUGUGACUGCUCACAGAUUGUGAAACCCAGUGGGGUCCACCUGAAGCUGGUUCUGAGGUUCUCGGACUUCGGGAAAGCCAUGUUUAAACCCAUGAGACAGCAACGAGAGGAAGAGACGCCCGAGAACUUCUUCUAUUUUAUAGACUUUCAGAGACACAACGCUGAGGUCGCAGCUUUCCACCUGGACAGGAUUCUGGACUUCCGACGGGUGCCGCCAACAGUGGGGAGGCUAGUGAAUGUCACCAAGGAAAUCCUAGAGGUCACCAAGAAUGAAAUCCUACAGAGUGUUUUCUUUGUCUCUCCAGCUAACAACGUGUGCUUCUUUGCCAAGUGUCCGUACAUGUGCAAGACUGAGUAUGCGGUCUGCGGCAACCCACACCUGCUGGAGGGCUCCCUCUCUGCCUUCCUGCCGUCCCUCAACCUGGCCCCCAGGCUGUCUGUGCCCAACCCCUGGAUACGCUCCUACUCACUGUCGGGAAAAGAGGAGUGGGAGAUCAACCCCCUCUACUGUGACACAGUAAAGCAGAUCUACCCGUACAAUAGCAGCAACAGGCUCCUUGGCAUCAUCGACAUGGCCAUCUUUGACUUCCUGAUUGGAAACAUGGACCGCCACCAUUAUGAGAUGUUCACCAAGUUUGGGGAUGACGGGUACCUUAUUCAUCUUGAUAAUGCCAGAGGGUUUGGACGACAUUCCCAGGACGAAAUCUCCAUCCUCGCCCCUCUCUCACAGUGUUGCAUGAUAAAAAAGAAAACACUUCUGCACCUUCAGCUGCUGGCUCAGGCUGACUACAGACUCAGUGAUGUGAUGCGGGAGUCCCUCCUAGAAGACCAGCUUACCCCUGUCCUCACAGAACCCCACCUCCUGGCCCUGGACCGCAGACUCCAAAUCAUCCUGAAGACAGUAGAGGACUGCAUAGAGGCCCAUGGAGAACAGAGGGUCGUAGCUGAUGGCCCAGCACAGCAGUCAGCCCCAGACUCUGGCCAGGCUAAUCUGACAAGCUAACGGCUAGCUGUAAGGGUGAAACCUCAGGACACACAAUUGGAGCCAGCGCCGGGUGAUGGUGUAUGGGCCCCUGAUGCCCCAUUCCACCCUGGGGUGCUGCAGGCCAAGUCAUGAGCUCAGGGAGGAGGCAGGAAUGCUUUGAAAGAGCAAGUGGGAUCCACCAAGCCUUAUCUUUACCCUUGGAUGGAGGUCACUGCUUUUACAGUGCACUGGCUGGGGCUCUAUCUUCUAGCAAGCGCUGACUCCGUCAAGGCUGUGGACUGUCUUCUGAGCACACUGUGAACCUGGACCUGGGCCAGGCUUGGAAGGGGUGGAGGCCCUGUUCCCAGGAAGUUUUUACUCUACCAUGUCAAAUAAAGGGACAUCAAGUGGA